GUUGCGUGCGCGUCGCAGCCUGAGGGAGGCGCGGGCUGAGCCGAGGCCGGCAGCGAAGGCUCCGCGGAGCUCGGUGCUGGUGAGGGUGCCCUGAGACCCCCGUUUGGGAGAGGCGCGGGGGAGCCCCGCGGAGAGCGGCGGGAGCCCGUCUCCGCAGAGCAGGAGCCUGAGUACGCCUGGCUCGGGCUGGGAGGAAGAAAACUGAGAGGGGGCCUGAGGCCUGGCGGCAUGUGGAGGCCGUGGGCGGGCGGGACCCCGCUGCUUAGCGAGGGCAGAGCGUCACCGUCUCUAGAUCUCUGCUGAACCAUGUCGGCGGCCCGCUGGUACCGGUAGCCCGGGUCCGCCUCUGCAGGCAUCUGUGGUGCACACUCUCAAUCCAGUCUCUGGCGUUUUCUGCUGCCCGCCGGCCGAUGGCACCUGGUGCGAAUCGGAGUUUGGUGAAGGGGGUGGGGGGCUCAGCGGGCAGCGUGGCGCAGUCGUGCGCGUCGUGCUGGCGAUUUGCUGAAUUUGCCGACUUAAGAGUAGACUUCAGGCGAUUUUUUUGGGGUUUUCCCCCCUAUGUCAGCUGUUUUCUCCCUGUCCUUUUGCCCUCUCCGUUUUAAUAAUGAAACACACCUGCUAGAGAUCACAUAAGUGUGUUUCUCUGCGGAGUUCACUCAGGUGUGUUUAUUAUCUAUUCCGUUGAGGGGAAACCAGGUGACAUGAGAUGUCUAAGGGAACUACGUUUUUAGAGCCGUUUACGGUGGAUUUGGUAUUUAUUAAUUCUUUUCAAAAUGCACAGACUGAAUGCUUCCAGUGUUUCUGGCAAAGAUCACUAACAUAAAAGCCAGUGGCUGAGGUGCUUUACUAACUGAAUAGAGGCUAUCUUAAGUAGAUUUUGCCUCCAAAGUUAUGAGGAAGUCGUUAGAGUUUUAAAAUGAAAACACUAACUUCACCCCUCACCCUUUUUAUUCAACCCGCUGAAGGUACAGAGCAUUUUUAUUUGGAGGAAACCAAGAGGAGAAAAUGCAGUGUGAGCUCCUGUUAAACCAACGACAGCACCUACUUUAUCUGGAAGAAUCGUCUUUAGUUCCAACAGCUAUCGAAAUGUCUGGUGGUUCACAGCUGCACUAUACUUACACUUAAUUUCCGGGGUGAUAGCAACUUGUAACAAUCUUAAGGUUAUGGUGGCAAAGACCAGAUUAUUGUUAUUGAACCUGAUGGUGGUUAAAAUAUCUGUAAAUGAAAGCUGGAGGUAUCUUCUUUAAUACAGAAAACAGUGAUACCUGGACUGGUGCACUGGUCUGUAGAAAAAAAUGUUGAUUUUCUGGGGAAUUCAAUUUUUAAUUUCAAGAGAGGUGAUCUGUAGCCCGUAUAAUAAUCUGUAAUAUCAUUUAACUAUGAAAUUAACACCCCUCCAAUAUUUAAUGAAAAUUAGUUUCUGAAAAGGUAGUGUGUUUGGAGUUUGUCACAGAUGCUUCCAUUAGCAAAUACCUGUUUGUGUUUUUGCACAGGCUGAAUGGUAGCAAUUAUGAGCUGGCUUUUGUGAAGUAAUCCUGAGGAUCUCAGUCCAGUUCUCAGUAGACCAAUGGAGACUUCAUAACUAACUGUAAGCAAUUAUGACUUCUUUUGGCAAAAAUACGAGGCACCAAAAAUGAACAGCAGGUUGGUUAUGUCUCUGUGAAAUGACCAUAGCAGUUAAAAAGUUAGUACAUGUUUGCUGCAGUAACUCAUAAGCUGAGAUGCUUUGUUUCAGAACAUCAAAGCACUUUAACCUGAUAUGAUACAAUGAAGUACCUUGGUAGAGCACUGUGAAGGACUGAUCUAGCUUCUGGUACAUGUGAUGCUCACAUGGAACAUCCAGAGAAAUAAAAUCAGUUUUUACUUAUUUUUAGGUUACACACACAAUUAUUUUUUGGGGCAUAGAUUACAAAAGUUACUAGUAUUUAAAAUGCCUUGUUGUUUAAUACAAGAGUAUCCCUCCUUUUCUUAGUUAAGCACAUACAUGUAGGAUCCACAAGGUAGUCCUUAAUGUUAAGCAAAACAGAAAAGCAAAGCAACCUCCCAGUAAUUGUUGGGGAUUGUGUCUAGAACAUGUUGUGUACUUCCUUCUUGGUGAAGUGGGAGUAGAUUAAAUGUAAGAAUUAUGAGGAACUUGCUUCAGUGUUAAUUAUGGAGUACCUUUGUUCCUGUAAUACAGUAAAAACACGUCAUCGUAUACUUAAAUAGGCUGCUUUUGUUUAAGAAAACUUCAGCUAACCAUGUACCAGUUUAGGGUGUAGUCAGUUGACUGUCUGCUAUUUUUGUCUCUCCAAAAUGAUGUUACAUUAAUUUUGAAGGUACUGAUGUAUUUUGUAUGAAUUUCUAAUACAGAGUGUCUAUUUUUACACUGCAGAAACUCAUACUAAAGCAUUAUGAAUUUCUUAAGGAUACUUAAGAGGAGAAAUGAGCAAACUUGUCCUCUACUGUUCAGCUUACCAAAAAAAAAAAAAAAUCCUUUAAAAAGGAAUUUCACCUGGCAUAAGCAAAAAGAGAACCCUCCUCUCCUUCAAGAAGUGUCUUAAGACCAUCGUGGGAAUAGAGGUCACCUGCUGCAAGUUACUCUCAGUUAGCUUUCCCCCAAGAAGAAGUCAAGAUAGCUUACACUUGAAGGGUACUUGGACAAAUCUAGGAAACCUAUUAACUUGAGUCAAGCUGGAAUUGUUGUGAGAAGUUGAGCAUUUGCUUCCUGGCUGCUGGGAAAGGAUUUUGCUUUCAGGUUAUCGGAGAUGGUGAUUUGAAGAAUCAGGUUUUCGAUAUGAACAAAGUAAAAACAUCAUCUGAAAAAAGUGUUUCUACCAGUUCUCGGACUAUGUCUCUGCUGUCACAGCUGGAGAAGAUAAAUUUGGACUCUGUAUUAGGAGAAGCAGACAAUGCCAGAUAUGUUACCUCAAAGAUCCUUCAUCUGGUGCAGAGUCAAGAAAAAACCAGGAAGGAGAUGACUUCUAAGGGCUCCACUGGAAUAGAAGUUAUCCUGUCGACCUUAGAGAAUACAAAAGAUCCUCAAACUAUUCUAAAUAUAUUGAAUAUUCUCAUUGAGGUAGUCUCAGUUGGUGGCGGUCGGAGAGCAAGUGUCUUAGUCGCUAAAGGAGGGACACAGAUUUUAUUGCAGCUGCUUUUGACUGCCAGCAAAGACUGUCCACCAAAUGAAGAAUUAAUGGUGCUUCUUCACACUCUUCUUGCAAAAAUUGGUCCAAAAGACAAAAAGAUUGGCGUGAAAGCAAGAAUUAAUGGUGCCCUAAACAUAUCAUUGAAUUUAGUGAAGCAGAAUUUGCAGAACCACAGACUAAUACUGCCGUGUCUUCAAGUAUUAAGAGUUUACUCAACCAACUCUGUAAAUGCAGUGUCCUUGGGAAAGAAUGGAGUAGUAGAACUGAUGUUUAAGAUCAUUGGCCCUUUUAGUAAAAAGAACACUAGCCUUAUGAAGGUUGCUUUAGACACACUUGCUGCAUUGCUAAAAUCAAAAACAAAUGCCAGGAGAGCAGUAGACAGAGGAUAUGUGCAGGUGCUUUUAACGAUUUAUAUUGAUUGGCACCGUCAUGAUAGUCGACACAGAUACAUGCUGAUACGUAAAGGAGUUUUACAGUGCAUUAAAAGCGUUACAAACAUCAAAUUGGGAAGAAAAGCAUUCAUUGAUGCCAAUGGGAUGAAAAUUCUUUACAACACUUCACAAGAGUGCCUUGCAGUAAGAACUCUUGAUCCACUUGUCAACACAUCCAGCCUAAUAAUGAGAAAAUGUUUUCCAAAAAAUCGUCUUCCUUUACCAACUAUUAAAAGUGCUUUCCAUUUCCAACUCCCGGUUAUUCCUUCCAGUGGUCCUGUGGCUCAGCUGUACAAUUUGCCUCCUGAUGUGGAUGAUGUAGUAGAUGAAAGUGAUGAUAACGAUGAUGCUGAAACAGAGUCAGAAAUUGAAACUGAAAAUGAUGAUGACAAGGACCAACAUUUUAAGAAUGAUGAUAUUGAGACCGAUAUUAAUAAACUGAAACCUAGACAGGAAUUGGGAAGACCCGUAGAAGAACUGAAAAUGUAUGAGCAAUUUUUCCCAGAACUUUCAGAAAACUUUCAGGAAUGUGAUUUAGUUUCCAAGGAACCAAAGCCUUUUGUACCUGAUACAAAUAUGGGUGGACCUAUUGUUGUUCCUACAGCAGGAGAGGAGCACUCUGCUGAAGCAAACCAGUCAACAAAAGGAGUUGCUUUGAAGGAGGGCCAUCCUUUAUUGACAGAGGAAUACAAUAGAAGGCCAGCCUUUCUGGAACUACCAAAGAACGAUAGCAUCAAAGACAGUAGUUUACAUCAGCAAAGUGAUGAAAGAAACCUGCUUCCAUCAUGCCAGUGUCUAACCCAAGAAAUUGUGAAAGGCUUGGACAGAAUCAGUCUGCAGAACAGUGCAAAAAAUGAUCAGUAUUAUGGUACAGGGUGUGUAAUAAAGAAGGAAAGCAAAACUAGUCUUACCACACUUGCUUGUAGUAAACCUUGCGAACAUACUUCACCCUGUGGAAGUAGCCUCUUUGAAGGAUCAUCUGUGCAGCUGGGAAAACUCUGCUGCACUGGAGUGGAUUCGGAGGAGGAUUCCGGAUCUAGUUCAUCAGGGGAGCAAGUUGUACUUGAGGUUUCUGAUGUAUCACCGGUUCAUGACUGUGAUCUUUAUAUUGAAAUGGUAAAAACCACGAAAUCUAUUCCUGAAUAUUCAGAAGUGGCCUAUCCAGAUUAUUUUGGCCAUAUUCCACCCCCAUUUAAGGAGCCUAUUCUUGAAAGGCCAUAUGGGGUGCAGAGGACAAAAAUCUCUCAAGAUAUUGAAAGACUGAUUCAUCAAAAUGACAUUAUAGACAGAGUUGUGUAUGACCUUGAUAAUUUGAGUUGUUCAGUACCAGAGGAAGCAGAUGUUUUGAAGUUUAAUUCCAAAUUUGAAUCUGGAAACCUGCGCAAAGUUAUUCAGAUCAGAAAAAAUGAGUAUGAUCUAAUUCUGAACUCGGAUAUAAAUAGCAAUCAUUAUCAUCAGUGGUUUUACUUUGAAGUGAGUGGAAUGAAAACUGGCAUUGGUUACCGGUUUAACAUCAUCAACUGUGAAAAGUCAAACAGUCAGUUUAACUACGGUAUGCAGCCCCUGAUGUAUUCUGUUCAAGAAGCAUUAAAUUCUCGACCAUGUUGGACUCGUGUUGGGACAGACAUUUGUUACUAUAAGAAUCACUUUUCAAGAAGUUCAAUUGCUGCUGGAGGUCAGAAAGGAAAAUCUUACUACACAAUUACGUUCACAGUGACUUUCCAACAUAAAGAUGAUGUCUGCUACUUUGCUUACCAUUAUCCAUAUACAUACUCAACUUUAAAGAUGCAUCUUCAGAAGCUGGAAUCUAUGCACAACCCUCAACAGAUAUAUUUUCGACAAGAUGUUCUCUGUGAGACCCUGGCUGGCAACAGUUGUCCCUUAAUCACUAUUACAGCCAUGCCAGAGUCCAAUUACUAUGAACAUAUCUGUCAGUUCAGGAAUCGUCCUUAUAUUUUCCUAUCUGCUCGUGUACAUCCUGGAGAGACUAAUGCAAGCUGGGUUAUGAAGGGAACGCUGGAAUACCUUAUGAGCAAUAAUCCAAGUGCCCAAUGUUUACGAGAAUCUUAUAUUUUCAAAAUUAUUCCCAUGCUCAAUCCAGAUGGUGUCAUCAAUGGAAACCACCGUUGCUCUUUAAGUGGAGAAGAUUUAAACAGACAGUGGCAAAAUCCAAAUCCAGAUCUGCAUCCCACUAUUUACCAUGCUAAAGGGUUACUGCAAUAUCUGGCUGCUAUAAAACGUUUACCUUUGGUCUACUGUGAUUAUCAUGGUCACUCUCGUAAAAAGAAUGUAUUUAUGUAUGGCUGCAGCAUCAAAGAGACAAUGUGGCACACGAACGUUAAUGCUGCCUCUUGUGACGUGAUGGAAGACCCUGGUUACAGGGCACUCCCCAAGAUCCUGAGUCAAACUGCCCCAGCAUUCUGCAUGGGCAGCUGCAGCUUUGUAGUGGAAAAGUCCAAGGAAUCAACAGCGCGAGUUGUUGUCUGGAGAGAGAUAGGAGUACAAAGGAGCUACACAAUGGAAAGCACAUUAUGUGGAUGUGACCAGGGCAAAUAUAAGGUUUCUGUACCAUUUGGCUGGAUUUAGAAUAUUGGAUAUAGCUUUAACUUUCUUGUUACUAAAAAGAACCUUAUUUAUGAAGACUAUCAAGGAAAAAAACUCACAAGAAAAAUAAAAUCAAACUUUCCAUUUAUGAAGUGUGCGUAUGUUCAAAACAGAAGUACAAGAAGAAUGUGUGGACGGUACCAUUUCUGGAGCAACAUAACACUUUCUUUUAAACCUUGCAUUUUAAAAUACAGCAUCAGUGUGGCAACAUAUACAAAGCUUGUGUGUGUGUCGUUUUGCUUUUAGUAGAAAAAAUUCCUACUCUGUUCUUUUUGCUUCAUGUGUUUUCCUACUUGAUGGCUUAGCUUAUCAUCUGGUUCCUCUGCUUCCCUGCUUGUUUUGUCAAAGCUCCUGUUUAACUACCCUUUACCUUAAGAGGCUUAGAAGAUCCAAACUAAAAUUCUUUCAAAUUCUCCUGAGAUACAGAAGUUGCAAAGGGAGAGAGAGAGAUUGAGUUGGGUUGUGAAAUUGAAUUUGUUGGUUUAGAUACAGUCAGUACUAGCAGAUUCCAUACUUGUUGAGGGUCGCUCUGGAAUAUCAUUCUCUUUUCAUAAAGUUGUUGAGGUCAGAGGUUCUGUCCAUACAUAGUGCACCACUGGCUAAAUUAAAAGUGUAUAAUUAUGUGAUGGGAGGCUUUAUCACAUAUGUAAACUUGGAGAAUAUUAUGUAAGUGCUACCUCCUAAAUACUCUUUGUAGAGGAAGAUGCCUUGGUACAUCACUCGAGUUAGAAAACAGCUGUAGCUUUUGAGACUUUGUUUGUUGGUUUUAAUUACUAAAUAUGUGAAUAAAUGGUUUCAGAAUUAACACAUGUAGUCUCUAAAUUAGAGGAGGGGAAGAGAUGUUUGUGUCAAGCCGUAACUUUGUUGCCUGAAAUAGCCUUAUUUAUAUGUCAGAACAUAGUAAUGAAUUUGAUCACAGCUACAAUAUGAAUUCACUCAUUUUUUUCAUUCUAAUGGAACUUCUGUUGAAGAAUCUUGUAUUUGAAAUAUUAGUAUUUGAAAUUCCUUUUUAGAAUUUUUGUGCUGGUUUUUAAAAUAAUUUAUACUUAUCAACUUGGACACGAUCUCUGUCUCUCUUCCAAUGCCACUGGGAAAAGUGCUGUUAAUACUGAUGUGCUAGAAGUAUAGACUAGGAAGCUCCAAAGAAAUGUGGAUGUGUCUGGAAAUGUCUGUUCAGCCUUAGAGGAAUCAUGUAGUUAUUAUCUGAGUUUUCUCUGAUACUCUUCUAAGUGUUUACUUUACAGUUCUUAUUUGUUCUGUCUUUAGAACAAGAGAAUGUAUUAAAUAAAAUAAUGAAAUUUGUUUUAAAUAGUAAUGCUGCAGCAUGUAUGGGUC